GUCAUGGCAGUAUGGAGCAAUAGCGCGAAACAGAUUCUUUCGACGGCUUGCUGGUCGUUUGCUGCGGGCUUCCUGCUUGAAAGGAGCCAGGGAAAGCUUCCUCUUGUACCCAAGGAGUGGACUUCAUGGGCGAAGGAUGACAACAGUUAUGCGACGACCAUGAGGAUAUGCUACCAAGGGCACGAGCUUGCGGCCGGUAAGGUGGUGGUAGGCAAGGAGGUGCUGCCGCCUGUCCGUCGCCCUUCUUCUUCAUGAAUGUCAAGAAUUUCCUCAGAAAUUCAUGGAGGAUUAUUCUUUAUUGUGGUUGAGGCGUUGUUUUUAACCCAUCGAACUGGUUUGGAGCAUUUCCCCGUAUGCAUCGGCAGUUGAGAUUUUUCUCGUCAGUCCCUCCGAUCGUACUGCGAUCUAGACGAUCAGUUUUGUAUUUUGUUUCCAGUACUUUUGUUGACGUGAAUGUACACGAACUAAAUAAAUUGUAUUUUGAUU